AUGCAUCUCGCCAACAUCAUGCCUCCAUACGACACUUCACGGAAUGUCACCAACACUCCAGUCUCUCGCGAAUACCAGCCCACUUCAAACCACAUGGACAUGAACAUGCCUCUCUACUCCACCAACACCCUUACCAGCUCCGUCCCGUACCAAGCAGGAGCAUUUGCGUACGACGUUCCUACUUCGGUACCGGUAAACCCAUACAAUAUGCAACAAGCUUCUUACUAUUCACCGAACAUGCCACAUCCAGGCUCAUACGCCCAAUCACAUGAUGUCCAGGUCCCAACUCUGCCAGAUGUCCGACAUGUGUUCAACCCAAACGUCAAGUCUGAGGGCACAUCACCGGCACAGUCAAACCAAAUGUACGCCGAUCCGUCUUAUGGAACCGAGUUGAAGCGAUCCACCUCAGAGCCUACCGAAGGCAGUGGCAUCAACUUUGCCACCGACGUGGACACUCUCAUGAGGGCCAUCCAGGCGAAACAGACGAACCCGCCUCAAGAGAAUGAGCAGAAGGAUGAUGCAGCGAAGACUGCCCAGAAGCCCAGGAAGCGUUACCAGUGCACCGUACCCAACUGCAACAAGAGCUUCUAUCAAAAGACGCAUCUUGAGAUCCAUAUCCGCGCCCAUACAGGUGAUAAGCCAUUCCCUUGCAAAGCACCAGGAUGUGGCCAAUCAUUCUCGCAGCUGGGUAACCUCAAGACGCACGAGAGGCGUCACACAGGAGAGCGACCCUACAGCUGCGACAUCUGCGGCAAGACAUUUGCUCAACGUGGCAACGUUCGAGCCCACAAGAUUGUUCACCAACAGAUUAAGCCCUUCAGCUGUAAGCUGGACGACUGUGGCAAGCAGUUCACUCAACUAGGCAACCUCAAGUCCCACCAAAACAAGUUCCAUGCCGCUACGCUCAGGUAUCUUACCACGAAGUUUGCAACCAUCAACCCAGGCGAUUAUGUCUCGCAAGAGGACAAGGAGCUAUGGGAGUACUUUGCCUCGCUGUACAAGAACUCCAACAAGGGUAUCAAAGGUCGAGGCAAGGACAGGCGCAUCUCCGCCAUGUCGUCGUCUGCUUCUUCAUACCCCUCUUCCUAUGCCGCCAUGCCAAUGGCUUCCAUGUCUCGAGGCUACGCCAGCUCUUUCCACCAGCACAGCAGCGACCGCAGCAGUCGCUGUUCAUCGAUGUCUUCUGACACCAUUCCCAUACAACGGACAGACAGCGCAUACGAUUUCAGUGCACCAAUGCACAACGGAUACCACCAGCCCCAAGGCAAUGGCUACGAUGACAUGGUCUUCCCUGAGCGAAAGAUGUACUGA